AUGCAGAACCAAGAUGCUGCCAUCGAGAAACUUGAGACACAAGUUGGUUACCUAUUCAAUCAGACUUCUAGCAACAACCAAAGCAAAAAAGAGGAGUGUCAAGCUAUCACUCUUAGGAGUGGGAAGGAACUGAAGGAAUUUGACCAGAAGACACUAGAAGAAGACUCAAUUGAUGAAGGAGAAAAGCAAGAUGGAAAUCAAGCCACAACUUCUAAAGUGCAAAAAGAAGAAGGGAAGCUGAAGCCGGAUGUCCCGAGACACAAAUUACCCCAGAAAUUGAAGGAUCCAGGGAGUUUUCAGAUCCCCUGUGUCAUAGGUGAGAUCACAGUAGAGAAGGCUCUCUGUGACUUAGGAGCCAGCAUCAAUUUGAUGUCAGCAGCCAUGAUGAGGAAGAUGAAGAUCGAGGAGGCUAAACCAACAAAAAUGGCCUUACAACUGGCAGACCGAUCAUUCAAGUUCCCUCACGGCAUAGUAGAGGAUUUGUUGGUGAAAGUGGGAGACUUCAUAUUUCCAGCCAAUUUUGUAGUAUUGGACAUGCAAGAGGAAGCCAAGGCCUCCAUUAUCCUGGGAAGACCCUUCCUGGCCACUGCUGGAGUUGUCAUUGAUGUCCAAAAAGGUGAUCUUACCUUAAGAUUACACAAUGAGAAGAUGACAUUCAAUGUAUUCAAGGCCAUGAGUUACCCACCAGAACAAUUCAGGGAAUGCAUGAAAUUAGAUGCACUUGAGGAAGAAGUGCAGGAGAGCUUCGAAGAUGAAGGACCAGAAGAGCCAGAGAGAGUCAUGGAAGAGGAGUAUGAAUCAAGUGAAGAGGUGGGAACAGUUGGAAGAGGAGUAUGA